GUUUAGGGAGAUCCUACAUUUGGAUGCGCCAGCCCUGCAGUCUGGAUCUUACCCUGGGCUGCAGCCGUGAAGGGAGGCGUCAGGACACUGAGGCUGCUCCCACUGCUGAGCUGCUCUUCGCUUUGAGUGGACCUGCUGACACCUCAGAGCGAGGCACUGAUAAAAAGGGCAGCCUGCCUUCCUUCUCCACACUCAGAAGCCAGUGGCAGAGGCUACUCAGGAGCUUGGAAGCUGCUGGCAUCACAGGCACCUCAGAGCGAAACAUCGACAAGAACCAUGAGCAAUAACACUGGGAGCGAUCUGAAGGUCACUGGGAUCGACUUUCUCAAGAAGCAGAACUCCGUCCUGCACCACACGGACGAGUACAGCAUCGGGAGCCCGGUGCUGCGGCGCGGGCAGGCCUUUCAGCUGCAGCUCAGCUUCAGCAGGGAGCUGAAGGCUGACGACAAGCUCUCGCUGCGUUUCGGCUUCGGAGAAAAGCCAAUGAAAACCAGGGGCACCCUGAUGUCGCUGAGCGUGAAGCGGGAGCAGGAUCUCAACGGGUGGCAAAUCUCCAUCGUCAAGAAGAGCGGCAAAGAGUGCCUGCUGUCUGUCACCAGCUCGCCCAGGGCCCCGGUGGGAAAAUACAUCCUGAACGUGAAGACUGGGGCUAACAUUUACAAACCCCCAAACGGUUCCAUGUACCUUCUGUUCAAUCCUUGGUGCAAAGAUGACAUCGUCUUCCUGGCCAGCGAGGCGGAGAGAAAGGAGUAUGUGCUCAAUGAUACAGGCUACAUCUACGUUGGGUCCGCAUACCGCAUAUAUGAAAAACCCUGGAAUUUCGGGCAGUUUGAGGAAUUCGUCUUGGACGCCUGCAUGUAUCUGCUGGACAAAAGCAAACUCAAGCUGAGCACCAGAAGCGAUCCUGUGUCUGUGUCCCGAGCCAUGUCUGCUUUGGUUAAUGCUAAUGAUGACAGUGGUGUCGUGAUGGGGAACUGGUCAGGGAUUUACAACAACGGGACCUCCCCUUUGGAUUGGAUCGGGAGCGUCUCAAUUUUGCAGCAGUAUUACAAAACGAAGAAGCCGGUCUGUUAUGGUCAAUGUUGGGUCUUUGCAGGAGUCCUCACUACAGUCAUGCGCUGCUUGGGGAUCCCAUCCCGCUGCGUGAGUAACUUCAACUCGGCACACGAUACAGAGGGGAACCUGACAGUUGACACUUACCUGGACGAAUUCGGAAGAAUAAAGGAAGGGUUGUCCUUCGACUCUGUCUGGAACUUCCAUGUGUGGAAUGAUGUCUGGAUGAAGCGGACAGACCUGCCGGCAGGGUUUGAUGGCUGGCAGGCAAUCGAUUCAACCCCCCAGGAGCGAAGUCAAGGUGCUUUCCAGUGUGGUCCAUGCCCACUGAAGGCUGUUCGAGAAGGGGAGGUGUAUUUGCCCUUUGAUGGCAAGUUUGUGUAUGCAGAAGUGAAUGCUGACAAAGUCUACUGGAUGGUCAAGAACGUGAACGGCAAGGAUAAGUACAUCAAGCUGACUGCAGACACCCAAGACAUCGGCAUAAACAUUAGCACAAAAGCCGUUGGGCAGGACAAGCGGGAAGACAUCACCGCCCAGUACAAAUUUCCCGAAGGCUCCAAAGAGGAAAGGAAGUCCAUGGAGAGAGCUACUUCCUUCAUACACCCUUCAGAACCGACAGUUCAUCUACGCGCCGCCUCGACGGUGCCCAUGCGUAACACGGCCGCCCAGCCUGCAGACCUGCCUGAGGCAGUCUCCAAGACUGGGGUCCAGCUUGAGAUAACCAAUAAAGAACCUUUGUACCCUGGCAAUCCUCUUGAACUGGCCAUCACAGUGAAGACCUCUAGUUCUGGGAGCUGGACCAUCAAUCUUGCCGGCUCCUGCCAGCUGCAGUCCUAUACCGGGAAAAUUGAGGCCAACCUCGGAUAUAUCAACGAGACCGUCAAGCUUGAAGGCAAAUCUGAGAUGCAGGUCCCUCUGAAAAUCGCUGCUGACGCGUACAUGAAGACUCUGGCCUCAGUGGAAGACGAGGUGCUUAUCCGCAUCACCGCCAUUGCCGACGUCCAGGGGGUGGGUGAAAAACUCACCAAGGACAUGACGAUGAGAUUCGAGUACCCUCCCAUCACCAUCCAGAUGCCAGAAACAGCCAAACUGAACAAGGAAUUCGCCUGUGCCUUCAUCUUCAAGAACAAGCUGAAUGUGCCCAUGGACAACUGCAAGCUGCUGGUGGAAGGCUUGGGCAUAUUUAAGAUGUCAACAUUUGAUGAGGGGGAUGUAAAGCCUGGUAAGAUCAUUAAGUCUGAAAUAAUAUGCACUCCGACAAGACUAGGAGAGAAGAAAAUAGUAGCCAAGCUGACCUCGACCCAGAUCAAAGCGAUCUCUGCAGUGAAGGCCAUCACCAUCACCGAGUAGGACCUGCGCCUUGGCGGGCUGUAAACGGCGGCCUCGCCGAAUGCGCAGCACCGCUGUGUGUCUCAGGCACUUCUUGCCUCCUUAUUUGCUAAAUAGUACUCUAGAAGUAAAGCGCAAAAAUCCCAUUAAGCUAAGGGAAUGAAACUGACUUAAAAGGGCACGGUUGCAUUGAUUGCAGUUAAUUGUGAUUCAA